AUGUGGAAGCAUAUCUUUUCGCAUGGGCUCAAGUAUAAUCAACCAAAUGCAUCUUCGAAAAACCUGAUCCUGUCUGUUCUCAAUUCGACAGCUACAAAACGAGAGGCCAAGGACUACCUCUCCAAAUAUACAAAUAGAGAUGGCCAACGCAACCACUGCUUAUUUUUCAUCAGGGACCUGCAUGAAAUCGCGCCUGCGAUUUUAUCACAGCUCUCAAGUGUCAUAAAGAGACUGGGGAUGCUAGGUUUACGUCCCAUGUUUGUGAUCCCACCUUCGCCAUCGCACGUGAACAAACAAGCAGAGUUACUUGACCGGAUUGUUACAGGUGCCGAUCUAAGGCCCCUUCACCUCAAAGAGGGGUUAACCAAAUCUUUCACUGGGUUAUAUCAUUCUGUCUUCUCACAACAGGGUCAGUUCCCUGAUAUCGCAAAUUCGAAUGUUAUACCAAUUGUUAAGCCUUUUGUGUAUAAUGAAGAGACAGCGUCUGAAUUUAUGACUAAAGAUGUCGUGAAAUUUAUGAAUUGCCUGUGCCAGGGAGAUAUCCCACAUAUUGACAAAUUCUUCAUUCUGAAUAGCACUGGUGGCAUACCAUCGGGCGAAAGAAAUGAUAACGCUCACGUAUUCAUUAAUCUUUCACAAGAAUUCAAGCAUUUAUCUUCAUUAUUGUCUCGUGAUAUUAGCACUUUGGAAAAGCGAGAACCACGCUCACAAAAUUUACUACACAGAAUGGAGCUACAUGUUAAAAAGGACGAAAUAUCCUCCUUAGAAUCCGAAUGCCAUGAUCAUUUAGAAGACCUGUUACUGAUGAACACCGUUUUAUCAAAUCUAGCGCCUACAGCAACCGGACUGAUCACUACUACCAAAAAUGCUGCAUUGUCCUCGGACAGGAAAAAUCCAUUAGUGUACAAUCUACUUACAGACCGAUCAUUGAUCUCUUCAUCUUUACCAAGAUUCAAAAAAAACAGCAAUGAAACGAGCUCAUCAACUAAUCUGUCGGAUGAACAUGAAUGGUAUGAAUUACCAUCUGAGCCGGUGAACGCAACUCCUCCCAAUGCAGAUGCCGUCUUGGUGACGACUGUUUUUAAAAAAGGUGUCCAUAUAAAGACUUAUGAUUAUGAGACGCUAACUCAGUUUAACUCUAUCGGCCUCCCUGAGGAAUUUUAUAUACCCGAGACAGGAGACGAGCCUACAACCAACAUCCCUAAGUUGGAUAUCAAUAAAUUCAAAACAAUCAUCGAUCAGAGCUUUGCUAGGUCUCUGGAUGUCCACGACUACUUGAAUAGAAUCAAUGGACGAAUAGCUACGGUCAUUGUUAUCGGCGACUACGAAGGUAUUGCCAUUCUAACGUACGAAGGCUCCAAAGAGAACAGAUUUGUUUAUUUAGAUAAGUUUGCUGUUCUACCGCAUCUUAAGGGCUCAUUGGGUAUAUCUGAUAUAAUCUUUAAUUUGAUGUUUAAAAAAUUUCCCAAUGAAGUACUAUGGAGAAGCAGGAAAGACAAUGUGGUGAACAAGUGGUACUUCCAACGUAGCGUUGCUGUGCUAGAUUUGUCGGUGGAUUUAGAUCCCGAACAUAAUGACAAACAACAAAGUCAGUUUAAGUUAUUUUACUACGGUAACCCCCAAUACGCUGAUAAAGCUUUACACGAUAAAGCUCGUUUAAGAGAAUUCAUGAAAUCUGUUAGAGACAUUAAACCAAGCUGGCAUAAGUAA